AUGUCUUUGUUGCACUAUUAUGAGACACAGCGCUCUACCAAACGCAGAAAGGCAUUUGACGAAAAGACCGAUCUCGAUAAAAAUGCGAGCGAUAAGCAACCACCUAGCCCCAGUCCAUCCACUGGGGCAGUGGAUGCACCUCCACUUGACGAAGCCGAUUUGCCGCCCAUGAGUAGCCAAACAGAACUGGAGACCUCAUUGCCAGAUAUCAAGACGGAUGAGCAAGCAAUUGAGGAAUAUGAAGCAUCACAGGCUGAUGAAACGGAACCAGGGCUGCAUGUGAGAUUGCGGGAUGGCGUCUGGAAAAAAGGCAAAAGCUCCAUCUAUGUCGAUGCUUUCAACUUGGCACUGGAGACAGUACUUGAUGAAGAACCGCACCUCUUCAGUGAGGCUGAGAUGGAGGUGUUUACGCAGUGGAGGGAACUGUCAUAUGAGUCACAAUAUUUGUACGUGCGACUCUUCUUGCGCAAGACAUCUGCGUGGCAUCGAGUCAAUAGACUGGGAUAUUAUUCAGAUAUAUCCGAUCUGUCCGCAGUAGCUGUUGAUCUGCAAUGUGAUCGUACACUACCCAAAAUUGAAGAUCAAGAUCCGUGUAAAUUGGAUCUUGUGGACACUUUUCGAUUCGCCGACGGAACACAAGAAAUCAAAACUUUGGAAGAGGCCUCGUCUCUUCUAUUACUUGAAGAGCUUAAAGGAUUCGCCAAGGAAGCCAAAGUGCAGGGCAAGAACAAGAAAGAGCUGCUGGCAGCUCUAUGUGAGACCAGCCAGGCACAGACAGGCCUUGGGUUCAAAAAUAAGACACACACCAAACAAUGUGGAAACCGAGAAAUCCAUUUCUUGCAGAAGAUCUUGGAUUACACAGGCGAUUGUAUUCGGCUGUCUCCUGGACCCCGUUCUCUGUUCGAGCGGGUACACUUGGUCUUCUAUAGAUCAACCGAGUGGACCGAAAAGUCACUAACUACUAUCAUUCUAGCCAAGAUCUCACGGAGAAACUUCCCAGAAUACAUAGUAUGCCGCUCAAAUUCCAUUUUCCCCUCCAGGGGAGCCCUCUUAGAAUUUGAAGCUUCCUUACGGACGCAAUUUGACAUUGACAACAUCCUGGAGUUCAAUGGCCCUCCAACUACGGAUUCAUUACAACAUAUUAUUGAUCUCGCCAAUAAGGUUCAUCCCCGAUGGCAGGAACUAGCCAAAGAAGAGCAGCAGAAGGAAGACUCCAUCUACGAUAGCGGCGAGGGUGCUUAUCUGCGCCGGUUUUCCCCCGCUUGGGUCUACACACGCAUCAUCCACAAGAGCCUACAACCUCUUGGUCGGUUCAAGGAACAUAAACGCGAGCAUGAGGUUCUCACGGAGCUCCUUGGCCAGCGUCUGUUUCACGCUGCCCGUCGUGGUGCCUGGUACCAGCGUAAAGCACUCUUAGAAGAGCACUACAUGUGGGCCCUAACACCGACAGACGACCGAAGCGAGGAAAAGCAACGGAAGUUCUGGAGAAGAGUUGCGCUGCGAACGUGCGAGGAGGGAUUGGAAGAUCCACUCUGCCACUUGAUAUACCACUAUGACCUGCAAAAAAGGGUCACAAAGCUUGAAAGGGCCUUGAAAGUCGUCAAGCGAGAGCAGCAUGAUUUCGGCCAUGUGAUGCUGAGCAAACCAGUCGAACGAACAGUCGAGGGAGUCCGUAUCGAGCGAGACGAGCCCAUGAAGAAGGGUAAACCCACGGUCUGGAUCGACGAGAGAGAAGGGGGUGAGUGUCGAGUGGAGAGCAUGUGCUUAAGUUGGUACCGCGAUCAUGGCUGGAAGGGCUAUCACUCCGAAGGAGGUAUUGUUCGAACCCUGUUCGGACUUCUCUUCUACGAUAUCUUGUUCACCUACGUCCCCAACGUCUUCCAAACACCAUUCCAAACUUGCCCACUCGAUCUGCAUACUGAUGUCUUCUAUCCAUCUCGGGCAUCAGAGAUCAACCACCGAUUAGUCGAAAUUACGAAUGGUGAGGCCGAGUGUAUCAUCCGGAAGGUUCAUACUCGCGAAGCAGCCGCACAACCCUGUGCUAUUGGCAUUGAUUGGUCGUUCGAGCUUGAAGAUCUGCUUGAGAUCGGGCGGUGCUUUCGAGGUGAGGCUCUAGCUACUAUCUGCAAGGUUAUGGCACAAGAAUACCAACAGCGUGGUGGUGGUAUUCCUGACCUGUUCCUUUGGAACCCUGAAACAAAAACUGUUAUGUUCUCGGAAGUGAAGUCUGAGAAUGACCGGUUGAGUGACACACAGCGCCUGUGGAUACAUAUUCUUCGCUCUGCUGGAGUUGAGGUUGAGCUGUGCAAUGCAGUUGCGAGGGAAGUCAGGAGGGAAUAG